AUGGAUGAAUUUCGGGAACGCAUUAGUAAUACGCUCCGAAUCGAGGAUAAUAAACUCGUACGAGAGUUGUUAGCUGAAACUAUUGGCACAUUCUUUCUGUUGCUUAUCGGCACAGCAGCAAAUGUCCAAGCAGCAGCCUCGGAUGGUGGAAAUAUGACAUCAUGUCAUAUAGCAUGGGGAAUUGGAUUCAUGUUUGCUGUAUAUUUAGCCGCUAGCGUAUCAGGUGCUCAUUUAAAUCCGGCUAUUUCAUUGGCACAAUGUGUACUUGGUAAUAUUCCUACCUGGAAAGUAUUCCUAUUCUCAUUUGCUCAAAUUAUCGGUGCUUACUUAGGAACAGCUGUUAGUUACUUUGGUCAUCAUGACGAUCUCUGGAAGUUGGACGGUGGUAUCCGGCGUGUAACCGGCUCUCAAGCAACUGCUGGUCUGUUCACCACCUUCCCCUCACCACAAAUGAGUACAUGGGGAAGUUUGUUGGAUCAGAUAAUUGGUACAGCAAUAUUGGCAGGUCUAGUAUGCCUUAUCACGGAUAAACGACACAAAAUUCCACCCGGGUUUGUCCCACCAUUGGCAGGAGCGAUCAUGUCGAUGGUCGCCAUGACUUUUGGCGCUAAUGGUGGAUUCGCAAUUAAUCCGGCUCGAGAUCUUGGUCCAAGACUUUUCACACUUUGUGCUGGUUAUGGUUGGGAGGUGUUCAGCGCUAAUGAAUUCUACUUCUGGAUUCCGAUUGUUGGUCCGAUAAUCGGUGCGAUCAUCGGCGCAUUUUUGUACAAACUAUUCGUCGGACUUCACGGACUCAAUGAAGAUCUUGAACUUACUUCUAAAGGUUAUAAUGAUUUCAUGUCUCGCUCACAAGGCAUCCUAAUCGGCUACGAUAACACAUUAUCAAGAACAGCCACAAAUCUCGGCGUUCAACGACCACCUAUCGAAACUCGCUACUAA